AUGGCACAGGAGACUGAAAACUACGACCCCAUCGGAACCAUCUUAAUCCAGGUCCAUGAUGACCUCCAUCAGUUAAAGGAGAAAUUAACAGAAUUCCCAGUUGAAGAGAAAGGCGAGACUCUAGACAUCCAGCAUCUUGACACGGCAAUCCAGAGAACUGAAAUAGGAUUAAGAAUUCACAUUGAGAAGUACUUAAAUGUUGUAAACCAUCAUGUGUUAACAACUCCUAUCACUGAAAAUUUAUAUACUCUUCAGACUUCCAGAUGGCUGCUUCCAACUGUCGUCGACCAGAAGUCAUUUGUUUUCCCUCUGGAAUCUGAGGGUAAACUCUGGCAACCCCAAAAACAGCAGAGUUCACUUCCACGUGUGCUUCCAAAAGCAAAGCAAAAGAUAGGGCUGGACAUGAAAAUCUUGCAGGAUCCGGAGAACAGCCACCACCGAGCCGCGGUCAAUGCCAGCUAUGGAAUCAGUUUGCCUUAUAUUAAUCAGAGGAAAGCACGUGUGAAGGUUCAGAAGCUAGUGAAAGGGUCCACCAUCUCCAGCCUCACCGUUCUGCCGUCUUCUCACCGCAUGGAUCCCUACUUCACCCCCGUACCAGUCUUGCAAAAGGACGCCAGCAAAGGGAUUUUAAGUAUGCUAGAACGAGGACUGAUUCCCCCCACGGCGAGGAUCACCUUUCAGAACCCGCCCGUGAUACCCAGAGCAGCCCGUCUGCAUAAGUUUGAUGAACCACGUAAGAUCCCAGCUGCAGCUCCCUUCGCCAUACUUAAGAAGCCACCGAAGGCUCCCGUGGAAGUGAAAGUCCAUCACAAGAAGCCAAGAGCGAAGGGGAAGGGCAGGAGGUCAAGAGGACAGCACACUCGGAAGUCCAUGAAGAUCACGACGCCUUGUAGAUCUGUGAAGUCACCAUGGGAUUACGCCUUCCCCAUCUAUAACGGCACCGUGGACAGGACGGACCCAGACUUCCUAGCGUUCAAGGAGCAUUUCAGCUCAGCCUGGGGGAGCAUUUUUUCUCUGCUGGAACACCUGGAGAAGUUUCUCCGAGACUACGCCAUCCCGGAAGUGAAAGUGAAAGGGACUAAUCUGGUGGCCCUCCUUCCCGAGAUGGAGCUGAAGAACAGGCCCACCAGGGAGGACCUCCUGUCCAUGCUGGAGGACCCCGUCCGUGUCCAGACGCUGCUCAGUAUCCCCGGGCAGAGGUUCAAGGGCCGAGAGGGAAAGCUAAACGCCGCCGUGAAGAUCCAAGCCACGUGGAAGUGCUACAAAGAGCGAAGGCUGUUCCUCCUGUACCGCGCGCAGAAGUGGGCGUCAGGUGUCAUCGCCAUCGCCUGGCUCUUACACUGCCAUAAGACUCGGCUGAAGGCCAUCCUGAAGGAGUCGCGGCAGAGACACCUGGAGAACUUCCGCAUCCGAGCCAAGCAUCUGGCAGCCAACUGGAAUCGCAUCAAGACCUCGAGGAGGACUAUUAUCCAUAUCCCGUCAUUAGGAUAUGCCCAGCCUGUGCGGGAGCGCAUCGCCGACCUCAGCACGCAGCAGAACAUGCAGCUGGGCAGGCUGUGCGACAUCAUCGAUACCAACGUGAACGUCAUCUACAUCUGCUCCAACAACAUGAACGAGGAGUUGUUGCUGUAUUACCAAAAAAUCCUGAGUCUGCGCGCCGCCGUCAAAUCGGGCAACACCGAGGACAGAAGUGACUUGCAGGACAGGUUCAAAAUCAUUACCCCUGAAGCCGUGAACAUCUUCACUAUGAUAGAACAGCUGAGCCAGCUGGUGGCCGAUCACCUGCGAAUCCAGCGCUGGCUCUUUAAAAUGGACUGUGAGUUUGGAGGAAAUGGGACGGCGUUCUGUGACAUCCCCGCCCACCUCAAGUGCCACAAGUGGGUGCUGAAGGAGAGCGACAAGUAUGGCCACGAAGACUGGAAGAAGAAGUGGGCACAGGAGCCGGCUCUGGCAAAGAUCUCCAAGGAGCUGGCGGGCAUUUUAGCACAGCACGCGCAGCCAGUCAACGAGAGACGCUUCCCGACGUGGAGGAAAUUCCUGCAAACGUUUCUUAGCCAAGGGGGCGUGAUCGAGGCAUUCCCGCCCGCAGACAGCGUCACCAACCUGACGGUGGACAUGCUGAUAGAGCCGGGCGGGGACGUGAAGGUGCUGUCCACCGGCGACCAGCUGCAUGCGGAGGGCCCCUUCAUCUCCUCGGGCACCAGCAUGCCACAGGCCUCCGUGGAUCCCCAAGUUCUCUGUUCUCUGUGCCUCCAAGUCGGAAAUGCCUGUAAAAUGAGAGAUGUGGUUGGUUACUUUUCUAUAGAUCUGGUGACUUUCAUUGACCCAAGCACCUUGGAGCAGCAGGUAUGGGCAACGGGCCUCAACCUCUCCUACAGCGACCAGCUGGCCCUGACGCAGCUCACCUUGUACCUGACCAGUGGCCGCCUGGACUGCGGGCAGAGCACCCUGGAGGUGCCUCGCUUGGUUCUCAAGAAGGAGAAGAGGAGGAGGUUCCUUCGCAAUCUGCCAAUGCUGAACAAUCGGCGUGGAUCUCCAGGGGGUCCUCACGACCUUUGCUCGCCAUCUCUUCAUCAUCCAUCAAGAAAUAUCAGCACCUAA